AUGUUGCAGAGCAUACAAGAGCAGACCCUAGGCGCAGCAUGGUCGCUGGCCGUCAUCACAACAUGCUUCUUCGUCGGUCUCGCAAUCCUCGAGCGAGUGGUUAUCAACCAUCGCCUGAGCAAGGUCAAUGGCGUCCGAGCCUCUAUCCUCGGCGGCAACCCCAUCACUUCAUUCUACGCCUUCUUCAAAGCCGCCUACAUGCACGCCAACAACCGCCUCCAAGAAUACUUCACAGGCAUGUUCACAGACGCCUCCCCAUCAUGCCCGCACGCCGUCGAAACCACAAUCCUCGGCGUCCGCUCCAUCAUGACCAUUGACCCCGAACACGUCAAAACCGUGCUCACCACCAACUUUUCGCAUUUCGGCAAGGGCCCCCGGUUCCAUCGCACGUGGGAGCCGUUUCUCGGCGACAGCAUCUUCACGACGGAUGGGCGGCAGUGGCAGCAGAGCAGGAACCUCAUCCGGCCCAUGUUUGUGACGCAGAGGGUUCGGGAUCUGGACAUCCUGGAGCGGUGGACGGAUGUGUUGAUUUCAAAGUUGCCGGGGAGUGGGCAGACGGUGGAUGUUUGUGAUUUGUUUUAUCGGAUGACGCUGGAUGCCAUUACGGAUUAUCUGCUGGGGCAGAGUGUCGAGAGUUUGGAUAAUCCCAAUGGCGAGUUCUCCAAGGCGUUUACACAGGUUCAGCGAAAACAGAUGCUUCUUACCAUCCUCCAGCCUUUCCGACGCUUCAUCCCUAAAGGAGAUUACACAAAUGGCAUCAAAGUCCUCGAAGCCUUCAUCCAGCCCUUCAUCGAAGCCACGCUGGCCCUCACCCCCGAGCAGCUGGAAACAAUAUCCAAGUCAGACCGAGAAUUCACGUUUCUACACCACAUGGCUCUCUUCUCGCGCGAUCCAAAAGUCAUUCGCGACCAGCUCAUGGCGGUGCUGCUGGCGGGACGAGACACCACGGCAGCGACUCUGUCGUGGACAAUGUACGAACUGUCCAACUACCCCGACAUCUGGCAUACGUUGCGAAGCCGCGUGCUGGAGAGGGUUGGGCCCCAUGCCGCGCCGACAUAUGAGGAUAUCAAGGACUUGACGUGUCUUACGCAUGCGUUGAACGAGACGCUGCGGCUCUAUCCUGCCGUCCCAUACAACGUCAGGUCAUGCCUUCAAGACUCAACACUGCCCGGGAAGCCAGGCCAGCCCGACAUCGCCGUCCUCAAGGGCGACCACGUCCUCUACAGCACG